UCACCACCGCGAAGGCCUCCAUCUCCCCAGACCGGAGCAGCCGGAACCCACCAUGGCGGGCGGGAAGAUCCAGAAGAAGCGGCACGGGGGAGGCGGGGGCGGCGGCGGCGCCCGGCUGCAGGGCGGGAUCCCGUUCGAGAAGUCCAAGGGCCAGCAUAUCCUGCGGAACCCAGCGCUGGUGGACUCCAUCAUCGCCAAGGCCGGCCUCAAGCCCACCGACACCGUCCUCGAGAUCGGGCCCGGCACGGGGAAUCUCACCAAGAAGCUGCUCGAGGCCGGCGUCAAGGCCGUCGUCGCCGUCGAGCUCGACCCGCGGAUGGUUCUCGAGCUCAACCGCCGGUUCCAGGGAAACCCCCUCGCCUCACGCCUCAAGAUUAUCCAGGGAGAUGUGCUUAAAUGUGAUCUUCCGUACUUUGAUAUCUGCGUGGCGAACAUCCCAUACCAGAUCUCAUCCCCUCUUACAUUCAAGCUUCUGUCGCACCGUCCAAUCUUUAGGUGCGCUGUGAUCAUGUUCCAACGUGAGUUUGCCAUGAGACUUGUGGCGCAGCCUGGAGACACUCUCUACUGCCGUCUAUCAGUGAACGUGCAGCUCUUAUCACGUGUGUCACAUCUCCUGAAGGUUGGGCGGAAUAACUUCAGGCCUCCACCUAAGGUGGAUUCUUCAGUUGUGCGUAUCGAGCCCAGGAAGCCCCUCCCUCCUGUCAGCUUCAAAGAGUGGGAUGGACUUGUGAGGAUCUGCUUUAAUCGAAAAAACAAGACCCUGGGCUCCCUUUUCAAGCAGAAGCGUGUCCUUGAGUUGCUAGAGAAGAAUUUCAAGACAAUGCAGUCCCUCCAACUCGCCCAAGAAUCUGGAAUGGCUGAGGAGAAGAUGUCACCGGAUGAUGUCGCAUUGCUUGCGAAUAUGGUUGAGGACCUGAGCAUGGAGACUAGUGAUGAGAAGGAUGAUGAUGACAUGGAAAUGGAUGAUGGCGAUGUGGCAGAUGAUCGUGCUAGUUUCAAAGAGAAGAUUAUGGGCAUAUUGCAGCAGGGUGAUUUUGCAGAGAAGAGAUCUUCCAAGCUGAGCCAAAUUGAUUUCCUGUACUUGCUGUCUCUCUUCAACAAAGCAGGCAUACAUUUCUCAUGAGGAGCGCCUAGUCAGCCAGCUUGAGAUAAAUCUUGACAACCCGUUUUUAUUUUCUGGUUCAUGUGUUAUGCAAGUCCUAUAUAAGUUGUAGGUCCACUAUGUGCUAUAAGUUGAAAUAUUUUUGACGUCAUCGGUUUUGCCCCAGCUUUAGAUAACUCUAAUAGAUUUGAGAAGUUCUACAUAAAGAAGUUCAAACAUCAUCGCAUACUUCUGCUUCUAAAAUUUAUAUGGUUUUGUAUC